UAAUACUGUGCUGGGGACCCUGAUCACGGAUGAUGGCUCAGCGUUUACACUCUCUCUCAGGGGGAGGAGGGGGAGGAGGUGAUGCCUGAUACGGUGCAAUGUAUUACUGCUGUCAGGGUUCCUGUUUCCUGCCACCAUUGAUCCUGCCCUCCCCCAGCAUCCAGGAACCAACCGGAAGUCAACAUGUCGAGUCUGCACAAGAGCAAAAUUGCAGAGUUCCAAAGCAUUCUCAGUGAACCGCAGAUCAACCUACCCGUGCUGAGGGAUCUGUGCUUUAACGGAAUCCCAUUUGAAGCAGGUAUUCGGUGUCUCUGUUGGAAGAUCUUGUUAAACUAUCUCCCCACAGAACGUUUACUAUGGGACUCUGUGCUAAAAAAGCAAAGGGAAACCUAUGACCACUUUUUGAAAGAGAUGAUCAUCCAACCAGGAAUUGCCAAAGCCAAUCUCGGCUUGUCCAGGGAAGAUGUCACCUUGGAAGACCAUCCGCUCAAUCCCAACCCUGAUAGCCGAUGGAACACUUACUUCAAAGAUAACGAGGUGCUGCUACAGAUAGACAAAGAUGUCAGGAGACUCUGCCCUGACUUCUCAUUUUUCCUGAACCGCACAGAGUACCCCUGCCAGCUGAUCAUGGAUCCAGAGAAUGAGUAUGAGACCCUCAGGAAGCGCGUGGAACAAACUACUCUGAAGUCUCAGACUGUGGCCCGGAAUAGGAGUGGCCUUACUAAUGUGAGCUCUCCUUUGAAGGCCUCUACCUCUCAUUCGCUGGGUGAUUUAGAGCCUCUACCCAAUGGUUGCGAGGCACACUGGGAGGUGGUGGAGCGGAUCCUAUUCAUUUACGCUAAGCUGAAUCCUGGCAUAGCCUAUGUGCAAGGCAUGAACGAAAUAGUUGGACCAAUCUAUUACACAUUUGCUACAAACCCCAAUAGUGCUUGGAAAGAGCACGCGGAGGCGGACACUUUCUUCUGCUUCACUAAUCUGAUGGCCGAGAUCCGGGACAAUUUCAUCAAGAGCCUAGAUGACUCUCAGUGCGGAAUAACUGCCAAGAUGGAGACAGUCUACUCCACCCUGAAGGAAGAGGACGAGGAGCUGUACCUCAAACUGCAAGAACAGAAUAUCAAGCCUCAAUUCUUUGCCUUCCGCUGGCUGACUUUACUCCUUUCCCAAGAGUUUGUGCUGCCUGAUGUCAUUCGGAUCUGGGAUUCGCUGUUCGCAGAUGAGAACAGAUUUGACUUUCUGCUGAAGGUUUCCUGUGCUAUGGUGAUAUUAAUCCGUGAGCAGUUAUUAGAAGGGGACUUUACAGUGAACAUGCGGCUACUCCAGGAUUACCCUCUCUCUGAUGGGGAUGUUCUGCCCAUCCUAAAGAAAGCCAAGGACCUUCAGGUCUCCAAAUAGAGUGCAGUGGUGCUGGCCUCACUGUCCGUGCAGCAGUCUCCCCUGCGCUCACCCAGCUCUGGAGAUGCCGUACAGGACUGUGGAUCCUUCAUUCCUUCCAACCUCGCACUGAGCGCAGGAUGAUUUCAGCACAACCACUUUUCUUAAUAUGCUGAUAAGAGCGUUCCGCCACCUCUUUCACGCGUUUCACAUGGACACAGGCGCGUUUUGCAAAAGAACAAUGACAAUCUUGUCUCCACACACUCCUACAGGUGACACUCCUGCCCGGAUUGCUGAUGAAGGAUUUUACUACGGGCAUUGGGCUGGGAUGCUGACGUGGUCACAUGUGCCUAUGUUUUGGCCUCUUCAUGACCAGCCAAUGCACUAUAGACCUCUUGGAAAUUGAAGGGGCUUUUUUUUUUUUUUCUUGGUUGAAUGCCUGUUCAAUACUUGGACUGCUCAUCAGUGCCGACAGGUAUUAGAAGACUGUUAUCAAUGUUACACUUGUAGCACUCAGCCACUGAAGGGAAACUCCACAGUGUAACUAAGCUGCCUCUCCGCUCUGGUCCCGCUGCCUGAGCCACUCAUUAGUUACAGAAGUGUUUCAUUGUGGUAUUUGUGUGUCUUGCAUUUCUUCAUCUUAAGAAAAAACAUGAUUUUAUUGAAAUUGUGUAAUGAACAGACAAUUUAUUCAUUGUUUUCCAUAA